AAAAGCGAUAACCGGCUUCCUGAAACCUUCCUCGGGCCCAAGCCCUGGGAACCCAAGUUUUGAGCUCGCUAGGAGAUGUCACGCUGAGUUCUUUUUAUUAAGCCCUAGAAUCGUGGCUUCGGGAUUUGGGGCAAGCUCAAUUCUCGCUUUCGAGGCAGUUUUUCCGGAGUUCUCGCGAGAUCCGCUCGGGCUAAGGGAGUGCGGCUCGAGAGGCGGUAUUUUCUAGGAGUCGACGCGCCCCUCAGAGCCUCCCGGACGUGGAGUCGCGGCCUGACGUGGGAGCGAGCCUAACGUCUGCGGACCCCGCCCGAGAUCUUGGCAGCGAUGGAUGAGGACCUGCUGUUGGCGUUACGGCUUCACGAGGAGUGGAACUUGCAGGCCCCGGAGCACAGUCAGGUCCAGGAGACCCCGUCCCUGGUGGACGCGUCUUGGGAGUUGGUGGACCCCACCCCGGAUAUACAGGCCCUUUUUAUGCUGUUCAACGACCGGUUCUUCUGGGGCCAGCUGGAGGCCGUCGAGGUGAAGUGGAGCGUGCGAAUGACAAUGUGUGCUGGGUUAUGCAGCUACGAAGGCAAGGGUGGGAUGUGCUCCAUCCGUCUCAGUGUACCCCUUUUAAAGUUGAGACCAAGGAAGGAUCUUGUAGAGACCCUCUUGCAUGAAAUGAUACAUGCCUAUUUAUUUGUCACUAAUAAUGAUACGGACUGGGAAGGGCACGGUCCCGAGUUCUGUAAGCAUAUGCAUCGCAUCAAUUGUCUGACUGGAGCGAACAUAACGGUGUACCACUCUUUCCAUAAUGAGGUAGAUGAGUACCGGCGACAUUGGUGGCGCUGUGAUGGGCCAUGUCAGUCCAAAAAGCCCUAUUACGGCUACAUCAAGCGUGCUACCAACAGGGCCCCCUCUGUGCACGACCACUGGUGGGCCGAGCACCAGAAGACCUGUGGAGGCACUUUCAUAAAAGUCAAGGAACCAGAGAACUACUCAAAGAAAGGCAAAGGAAAGACAAAACCAAAAAAGCAGCCGGUGGCAGCCGCAGCCACAGCAGCCACAGCCGCAGCCAAGAAUAAAGAUAAACCCAGCAGAGGUGAGACACAGCUAUUAAUCCCUUUUAGUGGGAAAGGAUAUGUUCUAGGAGAAACAAACAAUUCAUCUGGGAACUUGAUCACUUCACACGCUGCUAGUAAAACUCAACAGCUUUUAAGUCAAGACCAUUCAGCAAAUGCUGGAAGACCUAAUUCUAAAACUCAAGUGAAAUUUGAACAGAAUGGUUCAAGUAAAAAAACUCCUAUAGUCUCCGCUGCUCUUAAUACCAGUCACCAAAAUGUUUUAAGCAACUAUUUUCCUACAGUAUCAGGUCCCAAUCAAAAAGCUUCGAGAAGUGUGAAUGGAUCUUCAGGGAAAAGCCUAACUGUGGGCGACAUCAGUAAAAUGCCCGUCUCUUCUAGCUCUCAAAGAGCUUCAUCUUCCAAGGUGUCGCUGAGAAAUUCUUUCCAAGCAGUGGACUCAACCUCUGGGACUGCAUCCCUGGGUGCGAGUGCGCCUGAAUAUGAAUCCCCAAGUAAACGACGCAGGCUAGAAGACAAGAUUGUAUUUGAUGAUUUUUUAAUCAAGAAUGAGCAAGUACAGAUUGGUGGUAAUGAUCCAAAGUGUAGUUCUCAUUCCGCAACUGCAGCUCAGAAUUCCAGCAGUUCAUCCCUUCAGGGCCAAAUGGUCAGCUGUCCUAUCUGUCAGAGUGACAUGUUGGAGUCUCAGAUUAAUGAGCACUUAGAUUGGUGCCUUGAAUGCGAUAGCAUCAACGUCUGAGAAAAUCUUUUAAAAAAAAUGGGUCUCACAUGCCACCAGUCUUAACCUCACUAGCAUUGUAUCAGUCACUCAGGAAGUUGUGGUUCAUACUAAGAUUUGUAGGUUAUAAUCUAGUUCCUGUAACCAAUACAAUUCUAUUUUAUAUACACAUACAUGAGAUUGGAAUGGGAGCUAUUGUCAGAAGGUGCAGUGUUUACACUCACUCUCGCCUGGCAUAUACUGUAGCUCAGAGUUCGUUCUGCAAGUUUACAUGUAUAAUUUUUAGACACUUUUGUUCUUUUUUUAUUUUAAAGGUGUUUUGAUCUGUUAAUCUUUUUGUAUGCUUUCUUCAAAAUAAUGAAUUAAAUAUUUGGUUAAAUUGAAUAUUUAUUAAUAUUAGAACUCAUUCCCAGUACGGUUAAUAUUCAUGGUGUGAGGCACAUUAACCAAAAAUAUCUAGAGUACAAAGUAUAUAGCUGUUUUAGGGUUCUCAGGUAUUUAAAAAAAUUUUUAAGUUUGUUCCCCAAAAUCUUAACAGGAAAUACAUUUUAUAUAUUUUAAAGAAUUUUCUGUUUCACUUUGGUGGCAGAUUUUAGGUUAAAGUAGAUAAAGAGUAGAGUAAAACAAAUGUCUUCUGCAAUAUUACUAGUAACAUAACCACUAUAAUUCUGUAGACCAGAGUUUAGCUAUUUUCUCAAAAUUUAGCAAAAUGAGUGGCUAAAACUUGGUGCGAAGUAACUGGUCUACAUAACAACAGAGUUGCCUGGUUUACCUCACAGGAACAUUAUCUAGGAACACUAGUAGGAACCUAAGCCAAAGUUGAAACCAUUAUAAUUAAAGAAAUAUCAUUUGUGCAUUUAACAAUAUUUUUUAAAAAUUCUUUUGUUACUGCAAAGGGACCAUACUUUAUACAUUGACUUUUUGUCUUGUGGCCAUACCUCUAACAUGUUGCUAUAUCCCAGGAUCUUACUGAGUUCACAGUUUUCUUAACUUUGGUGCCACAUGACGUAUAAGGUGCAGAGAUCUGCAGUGUGUGGUGUUGUCCUGUGUGACUGCUUCCCUGAUGAGGCAGAGCACAUGUCAGCAACACAGCACCCACCACCCCAAAAGAUACUUUCAUCUGUCACCCCAGGUUAGCUUAGCUUGUUUUUGAACCUCAGAAAAUAGUAUCUUGUUAUGUGUUGCUUCUUUUCAUUGUUCUGGAGUAUUUGUGAAUUUGCCAAAGUUUACACUUCCGUUCUAAAAUUAAUAGACAUUUGAAUUAUUCCCAGUUGGGGCUGGCUAUUAAGGACAAUGCUGCAAGAACCUUCUUGUCCUUUCUGUUGGGCAUAUACCCAGGAAUGGAUUGCCGGGUCACAGGGUGUGUUUAUGGGUAGCCUUAGUAAAUACUGCGUUUACGCUCCUACCAGCAAUGUAUGACAGUUUUAGUUGUUCAUUUGUUAGCACUGUUAUCAAUCCUUGUCAUUUUAGCCUGUUUGGUUGAAUGUUCACAAGUUUUAAUAUUUCAUAAGUAUGAAGUUGAAAAAUAGUAUUUAAUAAAUAUAAAUGACUUAAAAUGUG